AUGCCCACGAAAGAGGAAGAGGCCGAUCUGGCCAUGGUCAUCAGAGACCGCGAAACGUCAAAUGAACAUGUGGGUAUACGUAAUCUGAAAAGCUUCUUCGGUUCCCCCAAGUUCUCCGACUUUACCAUCAAAGUUGAUGAACGUGAAUUCAAAGUCCACAAGAUAGUUAUAUAUGGCCAGUCAGAAUAUUUCAAUCGCUUGUUCAACAGCGAUUGGAAAGAAGCUCUGGAUAAUAAGAUCGAGCUCAAAGAAGACGAUCCAGGUGCUGUCGAAGCGAUGCUCCGCUUCAUGUAUGAAAAUGAAUACGACAGCGGCGAACACAGCUGGGGACGAAUAUCUCCCAUGCUUUUCCACGUGAGGGUGCAUGCAGUCGCAGACAAGUAUGGCGUCGCAGCCCUGAAAAAGCUCUCGAAGCAAAAGUUCGACCAUGCGACGAGUGUUUGCUGGGAUAUGGACGACUUUCCCCACGUGGUAGCCGAUGUCUAUGAUAAUACCCUCGGAUGUGAAGAACUUCGGGACACUGUCGCUCGCGCGUCUCACGAACACAUCGAGGCGUUACUCAUCAAGGACACGUUCAUACGCGUGCUUCGCGACACCAGCGGCUUUGCCGCCGACAUCAUUGGGCUCAUGAGGGAUGGGAUCACUCCGCAAGCUCGAUACGAAUGCCCCAAGUGUGGAGUUGAAUGGGAAGCAAAGCUUGUUCCUGGGAAAACUUAUUGCUGCCUGCAUUGCGGCUCUCGUCAGUCUAACUGGAGCUCAUAUAUUAUUAGCGGUAAAGACUAG